AUGUUACUGUAACUAAUGUAUUGUGAACUUUGAUUCCGUCUGGACUUAGGUCAAUAUUACAUCACCUUUGUUGGAAGUUACUGCGGUUUUCUUUUUCAUCCAUCUUGAUGUAAUGUACUGCCAUCUGGUGGAAUGAGUGUGUUAUGAGACAAGGGUGCAUCCUUUGUAUAUUUAUGGGAAAAUAACAGUUCUUUAAACGCUAAAACAAAACUCCCAAACGAUUUUCUGAUCUACAUAUUGAUUUCAGAUUUUUUUUUUAAAAUUGUAUUAAGUUUUGGACGUUUUUAUUUUCACUUAAAUAAAUAAUAAAAUAAAAAUUCUUUCGGUGUGCCACCAACUCUUAAAAUACUACAUUACCCAUGAUGCACACAAACCGGUCAAACUUGCCUCUGUUAACGAGCGUCAAAGUCAGAUGUGCAGUUGUAAAUUGGUAUUACACAAGAGAGUGAUGUCUUAAAACAUUUUUGUUUUUUCCGUGUAAGCCGUUUCCGAAGAUAGCGUCAUCAGUCAUCAGUCUUCAAGACAAGGCGAGCUGUACACGAAUAUGGAAAAUUAAAUUAGUCAUAUUAUUUUUUAGGGUAGCGUUUCCUUCCGAACGACCGCACUGGACAUGCAAAUGUAAGUAAUUUUCUGAAACAAAAGUAUUUUCUCUCCACCUGUCUGACGACGUCACAACCACGUAAAAAAGUUGAGCUUAUUCAUUUGUUGAAUAUUACGAAAUUCUUUAGCAUGACUUAUGAAAAAUAUGCAUUGCUUAUUGCAUAAAGAUGUAUGGUAUCUUAAUUUAUUUCUCCACUGGGCAAAUAGAAAUUAAUUAUCCUUAUCUUUCCCAAUAAUGGAUACUUCAGAAAGUAUGAAAUGGAACCAUUAAAAGUUAUGAAACCUCUUUCUGAAUCCUCCCUUCUGCUGGUCAGACUUGUCGUGGUCUGUGACUCAUUGUCUGUAUUCAUUUAGGAUCAGCGCUUGCACCCUUUUUCAGUACUUUGAUAGCUUGAGAACCAUGAUAAGGAUGUCAGGCUUCUACUAAAACUAGUAUUGGUAUUCUCAACAACUCCACAUCAUUCAACACUGGAAACUCAAGUGUUUAAAUUACAACAUAUUCUGUAAUAGGUUUGCUUAGUUCUUUCACACAGCAACAUGCAUUCUGUGGCAAAUAUCUAUAAAAUCAAUAGGGUGUGCCAAUUACAGGACAGCAUCACAAAGCUGAAUUGAAACUGUAUGCUCAAUACAUGCCUAGAGGUCUAUAGUGCAACAACAAAAGCUUGAAUCUGCUUCUGUGUUUCAGUGAUGUUCACAAACAGUUUUUUCAUGCAUUUUCUCAUAUAUCUCAAGAAAAAAAAUCAAACAUUUUCACUUAAAUGUGAAUGUUGUUUUAUCUUUGAAAUCAUAGUGCAUCAAAUCAAAACAUUGUACUUUUGCAAACUGCUGAUGCAUAGCCUCAGUCACCAAAAUAUUGUUGAAUUAUUGUUAGCCUAUUUGGUCUUGAUGAGCAGUCAUUAGUAAUGAUGAGCAGAUGAGAACCAAAUGAGAUCACGUUAGCAAUGUUUCAGACAGGUCUCUGUAUAGCAGACUAUGGUUCUGUUGGUAAAGAAGUAUUUUAAAAAAAAAUCAUACUUUUGCUUUUAAGUUUUCUUAACAUGUCUUCUAGGCAUGCUUUUGCUUCCAGAUGUGGAUACGAACUGCAAAAUUAUCAAGAUGUCCUAGCCAGCUACAGCUUCAGCCAUGCACAUCACAUCUGCAGUGCACCAAAAUUGCCCACUUCUGCAAAUGAGAUGAUGGUAGAUUUGUAUUUUUUUUUAAAGGCUGUGUAUAUAUAAGAGUUGUAAGGAUGUAUCAGAUCGUAUCAGCAACUGUUGGGGAUAUUGGCAUUGGUGCCAUGAGUCAUUACUCGUUACCUAAGCGGAAGAGAGUGGGCAGACUUAGUCGUCCAGCAAUAGCAGCGAGCGUGCUUGGAGUCAUACUAGUUCUUGCUGCCAUGGUAGCGUGAUUCUCCUAUUGGGCUUCUCUUCACAAGGCCGACCUUCUGACAACUGAACGACUAGACCUUAAAAAAGAUGGUUUUGUCAUCCGGAACCAAGCUGGAGUUGUCAUUUUCAGAAUGGCAUUCAGGUCUGGAACCCUUGAUCUGGAUUCGUGUUCAAAAGAGGGAAAAAUUCUCAGCUGUGACAAAUCUAAUGCUGGGAAUAUACAUUUCUUCAUAGAAACAGUAAAGCCUAAAGACACAGUCAUGUGCUAUCGCGUGCGUUGGGAUGAGCUGGAGGAGCAACGGUCGGUGGAGCAUGACAUGUCCUUCAGUGGUUCACAUUGGUAUGGUGGUGCAGAGACUUGGUCACAGCAUUGGCCAAUAGUUGUGGAGGGACAGCAAGCACCCAAGCCUUUCAUUACAGGUGAUAUCUAUUCAAAUCAUCAAGCUUUUGGUGGCAUCUUGGAGCGCUACUGGCUUUCCUCCAAUGCAACAGCCAUAAAAAUUAAUGACUCUGUUCCGUUUCACCUUGGCUGGGAUGAAACUAACAGAACUCUGCGGUUCCAAGCUCGAUAUGACAACAGUCCUUAUAGGUCAGCCCCCGAUCAGCCCCAUGGUGUUAUACUAAGCUAUCAUGUAUGUGUUGGGCUUGAUGUCACCUCCAUACACAAGUACAUGGUACGUCAAUAUUUCAACAAGCCUUAUAAGGUUCCCUCAGAAGCUGUUUUCAGACAGCCAAUCUGGUCGACCCGGGCCCUAGUAGAAGUUAAUCAGGAAAUAAUUUUGAAAUAUGCAUCUGAUAUCCAAAAACAUGGCUUUAACUGCAGUCACCUGGAGCUGUUUGACAGAUACACUAGUGGCUAUGGGGAGUUUGAGUUUGAUCCCAUCAAGUUUCCCAAUGUCUCAGCCAUGUUUCAAAAACUAAGGAAAGAUGGUUUCCAGGUAACCCUAUGGACUCAUCCAUUUGUCAACUAUAAUUCUGUAAAUUUUGGCAUUGGAGUAGAAAGAGGUCUUUUUGUACGAGUGUCUAGUGGCCAGCUUCCUGCCUUGGUGCGUUGGUGGAAUGGUAUUGCUGGCAUUUUGGAUUUCACAAAUCCAGAAACUCGAGACUGGUAUGGCUCAAAUCUCCGCACCCUCAAGAAUAAGUAUGGAGUGGCUUCUUUUACCUUUGAUGCUGGAGAAACUAGCUACUUACCCCAGCAGUGGAGCACCUUCAUUCCUCUGCAAGAUCCGAGUACUUUCACCCGCCGCUACACUGAGAUGGCAAUACCGUUCAAUGACCGUGCAGAGCUGCGGACAGGCUAUCAGUCUCAAAACAUCUCCUGCUUCUUCAGAAUUAUUGACCGUGACUCUCUAUGGGGAUAUGAUCUUGGUCUCAAAUCUAUAAUCCCAGCUGUACUUACAAUAAGUAUUUUAGGCUACCAGUUUAUUCUACCAGACAUAGUGGGUGGAAAUGCAUAUGCAAACCACACUGAGGGUGUCAGUGGGCUUCCAGAUCGUGAGCUGUACAUCCGUUGGCUAGAGCUCUCAGCUUUCAUGCCAGCUAUGCAGUUCUCACUUCCACCAUGGCUCUAUGAUGAAGAGGUAGUGAAUAUUGCCAAGAAGUUCACUGCCCUCCAUGAUACGCUUGUAGCCCCUAGGAUUCUAGAACUUGCUGGCGAAGUGCUCUACACUGGGGAUCCCAUCCUUCGUCCUCUUUGGUGGAUUGCUACAGAUGAUGAGGCAGCUUACAAAAUUGACUCUCAGUUCCUUAUAGGGGAUGAUCUUCUGGUAGCUCCUGUACUUGAACCAGGCAAACAGGAAAGAGAUAUAUACCUUCCAGUUGGCAGAUGGAGAAGUUACAAGGGGGAGUAUUUUGAAAAAUGCCCUAUAUACCUUACUGAUUACCCAGUGGACUUGGAUGAGAUUGCUUACUUUGUGUGGUCAGGAUGAUUGUAAUUAUAUAGGGAAAUGGGUCCAAGGAACACCACAAUACUGUUGUAAUAUUGAAUAGUAAACCUUUUUUUUUUCUUUUUUUUUUUUUUACAUUAAUGUGUAUGUAUUAAAAUGAGUCAUUUUUAAUCCCAGUCAUAUGUUUUGGGAAUGUCUAUUUAUAAAUAAUCUCUGCACUCAAGUUUGCAGAACUUUGGAAGAUGACUGGGAUCUAUAUUACCCCAGACACAUGCUUGUGUCUACUAAAUGAUGAUACUUCCCUGAAUUUUGGAUUAAUUAACAAAUAAUUAUUUUCUUUGGCUUUAUAGCAGCAAAGAAGACAAUUUUUGAAAUUUGAAUGGGUACAAAUGCAAAUACGCAGUAGCCUAUUUAGUUAAUUUCCCAUGGACAGUGCAGGCCUGGCUGUGGUUUAAGAGGAUAUCCGUGACUCCACACUUAUUCUCUUCUUAAUAGUCCUACUUUACAUUUGCUUAUGAAUACAUGUAACAUUUUUAAGUUGUGCUGGCAAUCUCAGUUCUUUUGUUAAUGU